AGUUAUCUUGUUACCCAUCUCGUCAUUCUCUUGGUCACAAUCAUCUCACUGUGUCUAUCCUUAUCGCCACUUGAGCGCUUGAGAUUCGUCGUCCAUAUCAAAUACCACCAACAACUUACCCCCCCAGUCACCUCGAUCCCUCAAGACCUCCUCGAUCUUUAACCAAACAUCUAACCUCACUAUUCAUUAUGAGGCUCGCCCCUUUAGUCGGCCUAGUCGCCGGCAGUUUAGCUGGACUAGGCACUGCGGCCCUGCAACCUCGGAACUUCGAAUCCAACGAUUAUUAUGUCCUCCAUCUCGAUCGCGACAUCCAUCCUGACCUAAUUGCGUCUCGACUGGGUCUAAGGCACGAAGGCCAGUUGGGUAAACUUGCAGACCACCAUAUAUUCUCAACCGCCAAAGCCGGCGAAGAUGUCGUACGGCGUGCAGUGCAGGAACGUCGGCGAAAGCGAUCAUUGGGUGGUCUAGAUGUUCUAGAUGGUGUUAAAUCUUCCCAUAAACAGAAAUUACGGGCUCCCAUGCAGAAGCGAGUCAUCCCACCGCCCCCGGCAGAUUACGUCCCCACGAGACGAGCGGAUAAGUCUGAUGCGGAAGCAGUCAAGACUCAAAAGUCCGUUAUGGAGAAGCUCGAAAUUUCCGACCCAAUAUUCCACGAGCAGUGGCACCUUUUCAACACUGUUCAAUUAGGCCACGAUGUUAAUGUUACUGGGUUGUGGCUUGCAGGCGUCACUGGCAAGAAUGCUACUGUGGCUAUUGUGGAUGAUGGGUUAGACAUGUAUAGCAACGAUCUCAAACCGAACUAUUAUGCCGAGGGUAGUUAUGACUUCAACGACCAGAGACCCGAGCCUCGUCCGACUCUUUCUGACGAUAGACACGGCACUCGAUGUGCAGGUGAAGUGUCUGCUGCAAGAAAUGACGUCUGCGGCGUUGGCGUCGCGUACGAUUCCAAGAUUGCUGGUAUCCGCAUUUUAAGUAAACUGAUUAGUGACGCUGACGAGGCCGUGGCUCUAAACUACGACUACGAGCAUAACGAUAUCUACUCCUGCUCUUGGGGCCCGCCGGACGAUGGAAAAUCCAUGGACGCUCCAGGAAUUCUCAUCAAGAAGGCCAUGCUGAAUGGUGUGCAAAACGGACGUGGUCAAAAGGGGUCAAUUUUCGUAUUCGCCAGUGGCAAUGGUGCCGCAGCCGAGGACAACUGCAAUUUCGAUGGGUAUACCAAUAGUAUUUACAGUAUCACCGUUGGCGCCAUUGAUAGGGAGGGAAUACAUCCAUACUACUCCGAGAAAUGUUCAGCUCAGCUUGUCGUUACUUACAGCAGUGGCAGCGGAGACGCCAUCCACACUACCGAUGUUGGUGAGAACCAAUGUUACAAUGGACAUGGUGGUACAUCUGCCGCAGCACCUCUAGCUGCUGGGAUUUUUGCACUGGCUCUUGAGGUUCGCCCUGAUCUAAGCUGGAGAGAUAUGCAAUACAUUGCACUGAAUAGCGCAGUGCCCGUCGACCUCGACACGGGCGAGUGGCAGCCUACUACCAUUGGAAAGAAGUUCAGUCACACGUUUGGAUAUGGCAAGAUUGACAGCUGGGCUCUUGUGGAAACGGCGAGAACUUGGAAGAACGUAAAACCCCAGGCUUGGCUCUACUCUCCAUGGUUACAUGUCCGCAAGGAUAUUCCUCAAGGGGACCAGGGAUUAUCAGUCAGCUUCCACGUCACAAAAGAGAUGAUCCAGGAAGCGAAUGUAGAGCGUCUGGAACAUGUCACUGUUACGAUGAACGUUGAGCACACUCGUCGAGGAGAUCUAAGUGUCGACCUAAUUAGUCCAGAUAAUGUGGUCAGUCACCUUUCAGCUACUCGUAAGCUAGAUACCAGCAAAGAUGGCUACGAUGAUUGGACAUUCAUGUCUGUGGUUCAUUGGGGUGAAUCCGGAGUUGGCACAUGGACACUUAUUGUGCGCGAUACCAAAGUAAACGACGAUAAAGGCAAAUUCAUUGACUGGCAUUUGAAACUAUGGGGUGAAGCUAUCGAUGCUUCCAAGGCUACGGUGCUUCCCAUGCCAAGUGACAAUGAUGAUGAUGACCACGAUGCAGUUGCCACCACUACUGCAACUGCCAUUACUACUAGCCUCCCUCCUCCGCCUGCUGAUACCAACACUGCUAUAAACACCGCCCUUCCUACGGAUCACCCAGAGCGCCCUAUCAAGCCUAGUAAGACUCCCGGCAGCAGUGCUCCUACUUCGACGAGUACUGAGUCUUCUGCUGCCCAAACCACUACUGCUGCAAGCUCUUGGUUACCCUCUUUCCUUCCUACCUUCGGCGUAUCUUCUAGCACUCAGGCUUGGAUAUAUGGAGCUAUCGGUCUUAUCGCCGCCUUUUGCUGCGGCCUAGGCGCGUGGUUCUGGUUCAUGCGCCGCAAGCAGCGCCUUAACAACCCACGUGACGAUUAUGAGUUCGAGCCACUCAACGCGGAGGAUGGUGGCGAUCUAGAUGGUGGUGCUGAGAAAAAUGGGCAGAAACGACGCGGUGGCGAGCUCUAUGAUGCCUUUGCCGGUGGUAGCGAAGACGAGGAUGACGGCAUAGGAAGGGACCAUUUCAGUAUAGCCAGCAGCGACGAUGACGAUGACGACCAAGAGGCCGAGGGACAAGCACGCACCGAAAAGCAAGGCCGAAGGUUGUUGAGCGGUGGAAGGUAAAAUUAGAUGGAACGGAGAUAGAAAGUGGUCGUCCCGGAAACGCUGACAACAACUUGUGAAUACGUUAAAAAUUAGAAUUAUCAUGGCAAGCUGCUUAGGGGAGGGAGGGGGUUCGUUUUUGGCUAGCAUACCCAUGUAUAUACACUGACACCUUAUAGUAUUAGCAUAUGGCAUGGCCCGUACGGCGUUCGGCGCGUGUAAAUUGAUUUGUUGGACUAUAUGCGAGCAUACCAGGUAGCUGUACUACAGUGUACUGCCUCGGUGUUUUAUACGGGUGAUGCUUUGCUGUUUAGGUACUAGGUAGUUGCAGUGUAUUUUGGGUAAUUCACACAAGGCUCGGUACCAAGUAUAUCAAGGCACACGAUCUAGUCUACCCUGCCUACAUGAAUAAUAGUAGUUCAAGUAACUUUUUGGCUUGAGAACACAUGAUGUAUGGUCUCAUUGGGUAUAGAGCGUUAAAACCCCCCUAUGUACCUAGGUAGGUAGGUAAUGCCGCCUUGGAGAUAUUGAAAAAAAAA